ACAUAGAGCAGGAAGGGGGUAGUCGAGGGAAUUAAAUGUUUGGGACGGAAAUGAAAUGACUUUCGAGAUUAAUCACAUCCUUUUUUUUUAAGGGAAUUAAAUGCUUGGGAGGGAAAUGAAUUGACUUUCCAAAUUAAUGACCUCAUUUUUUUAGCCAGUUACCAGUAAAUUGACUCAAAAAAUUAGUUCAUAAAGAUUAAUUUAUUUUAAGUUGAUUAAAAAAGUUGACUUAUUUUAAGCAAAAGUGCCCUAUUUUUUACAACUUUGAAAAUUUGCUUUUUUUAUUUUUAUUUUUAUUUUUAUUUAAAGAGACUGACUCAAAUGCGCUACAAAGAAAUUGGGGUAGAAAUAUCAUUCAUUUUUUCUUAGUAGGCAAACCCUAAAACCCCUCUUUUUCACCGCAAACUUCACUUCGAUUAAUCUCAUCUUCAUUUCAAUUCUCUCAUUCAUCCAUUUCAAUUCUCUCAUUCAUUCAUUUCAAUCAAAUUCGUCUUCUUCAACUCUUCAAAUUCACUGCAAUUCUGGAACAAGCCUUCAUCUUUCCUGCAAAACAAUGAGUGGGAGAGUUGGAAGGGAAUAUCAUUCAAGGAGGGAUCAUCAUACACAGCAGUACCAUAGUCAGCGACACCAUAAUCAUCAUUCAUCGUCUUCUUCUCGUUUCGACGAAAGCAAGCCUUCUCGUGGCAAGAAUAAUCCUCCUUCCCGGCAUUUAUGGGUUGGGAAUUUGUCUCACCACAUUAGCCAAUCAACUCUUGCUGAUCACUUCAUUAGGUUCGGAGACCUCGAAAACAUUGCCUGUCAUCCCGGUCGGAGCUACGCCUUUGUCAAUUAUGUGAGGGAAGAUGAUGCAAUUGCGGCUUUGAAUUCGCUUCAGGGGUUUAGUCUUGCAGGCAUGCCUCUUAGGAUUGAGUUUGCCAAGUCGGACAAGUCAUCUGCUCCUCCACGUGAUGAGUUGUACUUGCAACAUCGAGAUGAGCUGCAACCUCGAAACAGAAGUUCAGCAUUCUCACCAAGGGAAUCCAGAAAGCGUCCUGCUAGUCCUGAUGCAUACUAUCCAGAUAGUCCAAGGAGAAAUGAACGUGGCUCAGACCAUCCAACUGAAAUUUUAUGGAUAGGCUUUCCAUCAUGCUUGAAAGUGGAUGAAGCGAUAUUAAGGAAGGCCUUUUCUCCAUUUGGAGAUAUUGACAAGAUAACUGCAUUCCCAGGUCGUACAUAUGCAUUUGUCCAGUUCAGGAAUCUAGCAUCAGCUUGCAGGGCUAAAGAAACUCUCCAAGGAAAAUUGUUUGGAAAUCCACGUGUGCAUAUAUCUUUUGCUAGGAAAGAUCAUUCUUCUUCUGCUGGUGGGAGGCGAAGUCUGGGGCCUAAUGUUCCUCCUCCACAUUCUAAGUCCUUUAAUCAGAUUGGAUCUUCUGAUAACUUACGCACUAAUAGAAAUGUCAGAGAACCUGAAGAUCCAAGCAUUAGGGUCCCCCAUCACCCGAACAUGGAAUAUGAAGAUCGCUUCAGGAGGCUGGAGUCUCCAUGGGCUCAUACUGGUGGUUCGUAUGAAGACAGAAGAUUUCAUGAACUUGGACCAGAUAUAGGUCCACCACAAGGGCGGCAGGAAUAUGGUAGGAGUCCUUUUAGAGAUGGAAGUGAUCAAUAUCAUGACUUUUCUCCGCGAAACCUGAGAAGAAAAAGUCAAUUUCCAGAAGAUCCAAGGGACUUGCCAGAGGAUACUUAUAACUAUCACAGAGGAAAGAAAUUGAAAAUUGAUUCCUUUCCGCACGAGGAGCUUCCUGAAUAUCCUUUGCAUAAUGUAAGCCAGGAUAAGCAUGUUUUCCCUGGAUUAGUUCCUGAAUUUUCUUUGUCAGACGAGUCCGGGCAUCCUAUUCCGUAUAGAAGACUGCCAGAGAAUCCUCCAAACGUAAAUCGAUCUUUAGGGGAUAAGCGUGACAAUUGGGGAUCAUCUCAUGAUACUUUCCGGUCACUUCCUCCAAAUUCAUCAUCAGUUCCAGCUGAGUGGAAAAGAACCACCUCUGAGUUGCAUCAGCGAGGAACGAAGGAAUGGAAAUGGGAGGGUACUAUAGCAAAGGGUGGAACUCCUGUCUGCCAAGCUCGUUGCUUUCCAGUAGGAAAAAUCAUGGAUUUCUUCUUGCCAGAGUUCCUAGAUUGCACUGCACGGACUGGACUUGAUAUGCUUUCUAAGCAUUAUUAUCAGGCUGCCUGCUCCUGGGUUGUCUUUUUCGUCCCUGCCAGUGAUGGAGAUAUGGUAUAUUAUAAUGAAUUUAUGCAUUAUCUGGAAGAGAAGCAACGGGCAGCAGUUGCUAAGUUGGAUGAUAGGAACACCUUGUUUCUUGUCCCCCCUUCAGAUUUCUCUGAGAACGUAUUAAAAAUACCUGGGAAGCUAAGUAUAUCUGGUGUCGUUUUAAGUUUAGAACCAUCUAGUCCUACCUUGGCUUCUCAUCCUCUAGAGAAUGAGAUGAAAAAUAGAGAUGCCGUUUAUUCACAUGCUGAUACAUCAUACAGCAAAUUGCAAUUGUCAGGUCCCUCUCUUAUACCUUCAGACGUUGAUCGUGCAUCUUUACAAGGAAAUAGCAAAGCUUCAGCUCCAUCACCAUUCCCAUCUUAUGAUCAUGGAAGCGGAAGCAUCCCUUAUCACAUGGAAAGCAGACACAACUUCCAACCUGGUUACACCAUUCCUGUUUCUGAAGGAUAUAAUAAUUCCAAUUCUGGUAGGGGUGGUACAGAGUUUAGCAGGGUUAUUUAUGAUGCUGGUACCGAAUAUUCUGAUGGUAGCAGGUCGUCUCUUCAUGAACAAAAAUUUCCAUCAUCUGUACCUUCUUUGCCUCUGGGUGGUUUUCAACAAGAGCAGCAUGCUGAUGUCUCUCUGCGGGGGCAGCUACAAAGGCAAACUACAAACCGCUCUCCUCCAGCUGCUGAUGUUUAUAGAUCAUCUGGCUUUGGGAAUCAACAUGAAAGUCUGUCAAGAGUUCCCCCAAGAUAUAAUGCUUCACAAACAGCAAAUCAGGUCUCUCCUGACAUGUCACCAUCUCCGUUUAGUCAGCUGCAGCAGCAACCAGUGCAAGCAGAGACCGUGCGGGCAUUCACUCAUGCUGGUCCCGUGGCAACACAGGGGAAUCAAGAGAUUGUGAACACAGGUAAUGCACAAGAUGAUGGUGAAGCUGAUCCUCAGAAACGACUGCAAGCAACUUUGCAACUUGCUGCAGCUUUGCUUCAGCAAAUCCAACAAGGAAAGGCACCUUAAUUGGUUGAGAUGUUAGGAGUUGAAUUUCAGAAUCCUCCACUCUCCCUUCUACCCCAAAAUAGUGAAAACGAUAAACUUAGAAUUUUUUUAAAAAAAUUUCUGAUAAUUUUGGAAGGGAAGUUCUGGUUGCACCAAGCAGGUGAACAUGAUGAUGCACUGUACUAAAUGAGGUUUUCAAUUAAAAUUUACCUUUAAAUGAGGGAUUUACUUUCA